AUGCCUAUUGACCUAAAAAUGGACAGCGCUUCGCUUGUUAAGAAGGGUUUCAGUUCCCAGUCCUUAUCAACCUUCUCAUCUACUCAUGAUUACGUCAUCUGUGGUGCUGGUUCAGCGGGAUGUGUUUUAGCCAAUCGUCUGUCAACUGAUCCUAGUAAUAGCGUUCUAUUACUGGAGGCAGGACCAAAUGARGCAUGGGCUAUGCCAAUCCAGAUGCCAGCCGGUCUACCUUUUAUARUACCUUUUACCAGAUACAACUGGUAUUACAACACGGUACCUCAGAAAAAUCUCAACAACAGGACUUUGUAUUGCCCUAGGGGGAAGGUGCUGGGAGGGUCAUCGUCCAUCAACGGCAUGGUGCACAUCAGAGGACAUGCGUAUGACUAUGACAGAUGGGAACGUGAAGGAGCCAAAGGCUGGUCUUAUGCUGACUGUCUGCCGUAUUUUAAGAAGUUAGAAACAACUGAGAGAGGAUCGAAUGAGUAUCGUGGUWAGGAAGGUCCUAUACGUGUCACCAGAGGAAAACUAGAGAAUCCACUUCACCAUGCGUUUCUCGAGGCAGGACAACAAGCUGGAUAUCCAAUCACAGACGACAUGAAUGGCUACCAACAGGAAGGGUUUGGAAUGCUUGACAGGACUAUUUAUCAAGGGAAACGAUGCAACACAUCCAAUGCAUACAUUAGACCAGUUCAAGGACAGAGGAAAGAACGCCUGAAAAUAGAAAUGAAAGCUCUUAUAACGAGGAUCCUGUUUGAAGGAAACAGAGCUGUGGGAGUCGAAUACGAAUGUUUACAGAUAAAGAGAGUGAAGGCAAGCAAAGAAGUGAUUCUGUCAGGAGGGGCAAUCAACUCCCCUCAGCUCCUAAUGCUGUCUGGGAUUGGUGAUGGUGAUGAACUAAAGAAGCAUGGUAUUCCUGUGGUUUGUCAUCUACCAGGGGUUGGGCAGAACCUACAGGAUCAUAUGCUUCUCAGCACGCAAUAUGCUUGCACGAAACCAGUUUCGCUUUAUAGUGAUCACCAACUAAUGUUUCUGCUAUCAAACGUAAUUCAAUGGCUCGUUGCAAGAAGAGGAGUAGGAGCUUCCUCUCACCAAGAAGUCGGUGCCUUUAUCAGAAGCCACGAAGAUGUUCCACACCCUAAUAUUGAAUUUCAUUUCUUACCACUUCUUAUGCAUGACCACUGUAGACAGCAAGCCACACAGCAUGGAUAUCAGAUGCAUGGUGGUCCAUUACGAUCUCAGAGUAAAGGCUCAAUCAAAUUGAAAUCAGCUAACCCUCGUGAUUAUCCAGACAUUGACUUCAACCAUAUGGCUACCGAGGAAGACUGGAAAGAAAUGAGGGCAACUGUGAGACUUAACCGGGAAAUCUUUCAGCAAAAAGCCUUUGAUGAAUUCCGAGGAGAAGAACUCAGCCCUGGUAAAGACAUCCAAAGUGACAAACAAAUCGAUGAUUUUAUCCGCAAAACUGCAGAAACUAUUUACCAUCACUCAAGCUCCUGCAAGAUGGGUCACUCUUCUGACAAAAGGGCUGUGGUCGACAGUGAGACGCGUGUAUUUGGUGUUGAAGGACUUCGUGUGGUAGACGCGUCUAUCAUGCCUAGUGUGGUCAGCGGUAAUACCAAUGCGCCCACGAUCAUGAUUGCAGAGAAAGCGGCUGACCAUAUCCUUGGCAACCUGCUUUUACCCAAGUUAAAUGUUGAUAUCUACAAAACUCCAGAAAACAGGCAAAGAUAGCUAAGGAAGUCAAAUCCUCUAGAGAUGAGGAUAACUUUGACAUUGGUCGACAUUGGACUUUAGUGACACACUAAUUGCAGGCUCCAAGGGAGGCUAAAUUCUGUACUUAUUCGAAUAUAGGGAAUAUACAAGGGAAUAUACAACCUCGUUCCCAGGGCUUUAUCCCUUCGCUUAAGCGAAGGGAUAAGGCCUGGGAACGAGGUUGGGGAAUAUAGCGAAUAUUUGUAUAAUUUAUUCUUUAAUUGCUGGUCGUCAAAAUUUGAA